AUGACCUUUCUUGUCCAUACUGCCGAUUGCCAGGUCCCAGGCUGAUCUGUUGCCACCAUCACAUGGAUCCUCUGCAGCACUUCCAUGGGCCUGGAGUGGCACAUGUGGCACAUGGAUGACCUGUGGCUCUCCUACGCUGGCACCAUCUGUGUGGGAGUAUGAAAAGUCCACAUUUACCACCAUCACAACUGCAGCAAAGUCAGAAUGUGUCACCCACACACCUACAGUGAUACAUUCCUCGCUCCCAGUAUAAGCACAGCUCAGCACUUCCUGGUGGUCACCAGCACUCUAGGGCUCUUUGCCAAAGCCUUCACUAUUUUAGCACUCAGGAACUCACAUGUGGGUAUCCUACAGAAGAAUGUCAUCCACAUCCCAUUCAUCUUUGCAUGGGGUCUAGUCACUGCUGCUAGUGGAUGCAUGUCCAUUGCUGUUCUCUGGAAUCACUACUAUGUCACAAAUAUCAAGUGGAUUCACUUCCUACCAUCUUUCCAUGUCCCCAAUACUCAGGAAAGUGGAAGUGGCAUGCUCAUGGCAAUGCCAGCUGCAUCCAUAAUGUAG